AUGAAUCUACGUUCUGUAUUUACUGUAGAACAACAAAGGAUUUUACAGCGUUAUUAUGAAAAUGGAAUGACAAAUCAAAGUAAAAAUUGCUUUCAGCUAAUAUUACAGUGUGCACAGGAGACUAAGCUGGACUUCAGUGUAGUCAGGAAGAGAAAUAUUAAUUACAAAAGUAUAAAGUGGCCAACAGAGACGACCAUUUCAGGAAUUUCUCACCAUAGUGGAAGAAGAAUAUGUUUUGAGACGUGGGUUGGCAAUAAGAGAAGAAAAAUGAGCAGUAAAAAUUCUGAAUCAGGAGCAGCAACAACAGGAACUAUUCCUGGUACCUCUUUGGCAGCUCCAGACAUUACAGUAAGAAAUGUGGUUAAUAUUUCUCAACCCUCAAGCCAACAGUCUUCUUGGUCAUCUGCCAAUAAUGAUGUCAUUGUGACUGGAAUAUACAGUCCAGCCAGUUCAUUAAGUAGGCAAGGGACAACCAAAUAUACAAAUACACAAAUUACGGAAGCACAUAAAAUCCCCAUUCAGAAAACGGCCAGUGAAAAUGGUUCUGAGUUUCAGCUGCACAUUCCUGUUCAAAGACAAGUAGCACACUGUAAAAAUGCCUCUCUGCUCUUGGGUGAAAAAACGAUUAUUUUGUCAAGACAGACAAGUGUGCUAAAUGCUGGAAACUCUGUAUACACAAAGAAAAACUACGGAAGCUCUUCAAUGCAAGCCUCUGAUAUCAUAGUACCUCAAAAGCCAUCUUGCCACCGACCUUGCAAAAUUGAACCAGUUGGAACUCAAAGGCCAUAUAAGCCUGAACACACGCGUCUAACAUCACAUAACUUAUGUGGGCAAAAGCCACCUAUUAGAGAUCCUUACUGUAGAACACAAAACUUAGAAAUCCGUGAAGUAUUUUCAUUGGCAGUUAGUGAUUACCCCCAGAGAAUUCUGGGAGGAAAUCCUCCACAGAAGUCUAGUUCAGCCGAAGGAGCUUGUUUGUCCAUUGCAAUGGAGACUGGAGAUGCUGAUGAUGAAUAUGCCAGAGAGGAAGAGUUAGCACUGAUGGGAGCACAGAUACCAAGCUACUCAAGAUUUUAUGAAAGUUGCAGUUCCCUUCGAGCUGAGAACCAAAGUACAGCUUUGCCAGGACCAGGAAGAAAUAUGCCAAAUUCACAGAUGGUGAAUAUUAGAGACUUGUCAAACAAUGUACUAUAUCAAAACAGAGACUACCAUUUGACACCACGGACCUCAUUACAUACAGCAUCUACAACAAUUUACAGUAAUACAAAUCCACCACGGAAUAAUUUUUCUUCACAUUUUGCAUCAUCAAACCAAUUGAGGUUAUCACAAAACCAAAACAAUUACCAGAUUUCAGGAAAUCUAACUGUGCCUUGGAUUACAGGGUGUUCUAGAAAAAGAGCACUACAAGACCGCACUCAGUUCAGUGACAGAGACUUAGCCACCCUUAAGAAGUACUGGGACAAUGGCAUGACCAGCCUUGGAUCUAUCUGUAGAGAGAAAAUUGAAGCAGUUGCAACUGAAUUAAAUGUUGACUGUGAAAUAGUUCGGACUUGGAUUGGGAAUAGAAGAAGAAAAUAUCGUUUAAUGGGGAUUGAAGUUCCACCUCCAAGGGGAGGCCCUGCUGAUUUUUCUGAGCAUCCAGAGUCUGGUUCUUUGUCUGCACUUACAACAGGAGAGGAAGCUGGUCCUGAAGUAGAAGAAGAUAAUGAUAAAAAUGAUGAAGCAUCCAUCUGUUUGUCUGAAGGAAGCUCUCAAGAGGAGUCCAAUGAAGUUGUUCCUAACAAGACAAGGGCUGAUAAGGAGGAGGACCACCAUGCAGUAUCCGAAGAUAAUGUGAAAAUAGAAAUUAUUGACGAUGAAGAAAGUGACAUGAUAAGUAAUUCUGAAGUAGAACAAGUGAAUUCUUUCUUGGAUUAUAAGAAUGAAGAAGUCAGAUUCAUUGAAAAUGAGCUAGAGAUUCAAAAGCAAAAAUACUUUAAACUUCAGACAUUUGUUAGAAGCCUGAUACUAGCUAUGAAAGCUGAGGAUAAGGAACAACAGCAGGCACUGCUGUCAGAUUUACCUCCUGAAUUAGAAGAGAUGGAUUUCAAUCAUACCUCACUGGAGCCUGAUGAUACCUCACUCAGUGUAUCUUCUUUAUCAGAGAAAAAUGCCUCAGACUGUUUGUGA